GAUGGCUAUUGCUGUACUAAAAUGGAUAAUUUUAGCAGUGACAGAAUGUGGUUAUAGUAGAACAGAAGAAAGAGUAGAUACCGUAAAUAAUGGCAUAAGAUUGAAUAUCUAUAUUCAUUUAAAGUCAUUGGCAUUCUGCGGAGUUCUAGGGGCUUGGAUUUUUCAACAAAUUGAACUAAGAGUGAGAAUUGGCUCCUCUAAGCUAAGAGAGAGAGAAAAGAAACGAAAGGAUUGGAAUAGCGAUCGUAAAAUUCCCGUCACAUCCACAUCAUUACCUCUAAUGUAA